AUGGGUCCGGAAACGCAACCGACGGACAAGGAGGUAAUCAAAAUCAGCGGAAAGGAAUUCACUAGGAAAGGAGUCGAGGCGUUCGUCUUCAUUCAUUUGGACGGCUGGGAGAGACUGCCUUCGAGCUUCAGCAACGACACUCGACACAGCUUAUUCCGUAACAUCGUCCGCAAUGUUUGGAAGUCGCUCGCCGCAGGAGCCCAACCGAUAUCGGAGAUCACUGUCUGCAUGAAAUACUCUGGGUGGGCAUCGGACAGGUCGGGCGGAUGGGAACCGCCGGUCGAUUAUGUUCUCGACUCCUUUGGUGGUGACCAAUUCAAGACCUGGUCACGCUCUUGUCUGCCACUCAAACAGCCAAUCGUCGUCGUCAGUGUUACUGAUCAUCAAACCUACUGGCCAAGGAUUUUCGAUAAGAUUCAACCCUGUAACCUUUUGGCGCUACACAAGCUUGAAUAUCUACACUACGUCGAGCCUGACACGGUGUGUCAGGAGAUCUACAAGCGAGACCCCGAAGGAACGAUCGAGAUCAGGAAGGUUAUCGGUAGAGAGUCUACUACCGCCAUCCUGGGCCAAGACGUUUAA